AUGAAAUCCGUCAUACAACGCACAAGAGCCUUUCUCACCCCCAGCACCUCCUCCACCAACCUCUCCAAAUCUUCCUCCGCACAACCCUCCCCACCAUCAACUCCGGCAUCCUCCCUACCCUCCUCCCCAUACAUCUUCCCUCCCGUCUCGUCUGACUCCACCGACGACCCCAACUGCCUCCACGACUGCUCAACCUGCACGAUCCAUUACCCGUCUAAAUGGAGCAUCAACGAAUCCGACGCCCUCUACGGCCACAUCAGGGGCUGGGCCACCCACCUCCUCGUUGCGACGGGAAGGACAGACUGGGUGAGGGAUAUUGCGGAUGAAAAGGGCAGUGUAAUGAGAGCGGUAGGGAAGCAUGGGACGGACUUGGAGAAUGGGAGGUGCAUGGUUAGUGCUUGCAACAUGCCGGUCCCGGAUUAUGAUUGUCAUGGUAGAAGGGAUGGCGAGAUAAUUGGAAACAGGCUAAAGAAUGAGCAAGGCCAGACAGAGGUUUUGGUGCUGCCGAAGUGGGAGAUUGUUGAGGACGUGAGGCCGAGCGGUGUUGCGGAGUUUAUGGAAGGCUAUGUCGCCCGGCAGGCGUCAAGCAUGAGUCCUAUCUCGGUGGAUCCUUCAAGCAAACCGACGAAAGACGGAGAGGAGCAUGAUCGAACAGCGCAAAAUCCUUCUCCACAACCACCAUCAAUACCCUCCUUAAGUCCAACUGCGGCCGGCUCAUUAUCCUUCCCUUCCCAAGUCCAACAAUACAGAACCACCAACUUCAAGACACGACCCUGCCCCCACGCCUACCUAAUCCUUUUAGGCUCCCAAAAGCCCCGCGACGCGCGCUGCGGCCAAUCCGCACCGCUUCUUCGUCGCGAAUUCGAACGUCACCUCCGUCCAUUGGGCCUAUACCGCGAUAUACACGAUGAGCGACCAGGCGGGGUGGGGAUAUAUUUCAUCAGUCACGUGGGCGGACAUAAAUAUUCGGCUAAUGUGAUGGUUUAUCGAAGGAGCGGGAGUGAGCUCGAAGAAAAGGACGAUAAUAGUAUGACAGCCGGGGAGGAGAUGGACGAGGAGACGAGCUUAGCGAGGAAUCGCACGGAUAGGGCUGUAAUAGAGAAGAACGCGGCAAGCACAGGGGAGGCAAUGCAAUGCAUAUGGUUGGCGAGAGUUAGGCCGGAAGACUGUGAGGCUAUCAUCAAGUAUACGGUUCUGCAGGGGAAGGUGGUGAAGCCGGAGAGACAAUUGAGGGGUGGCUUUGACAGGACGAAAGGACUGACUAGUUGGUGA